AUGACAGGCGUCGUGGUCACUGCGACGCCGACGCCCAAGCCAUUCGCAGUCGUGGCGUCCAGGACCUUCCAGCUCGACGACCGGCUUCCGCACUACGGCACGACCAAGGGCGUCCUGAUGCACGGCGCGCACGUCGAAGUGCCCAGCUUGAUGCUUGUUGAAGCUGUCGAUGAGAUCCUGCUCGAGCUCUCGGCGGCCGUGGAAGCGGCGGGGUACUCGAUGGCCAACGUCGUCGCAGUGAGCGGCAGUGCGCAGCAGCACACAAGCGUCUUCUGGAGCGACGCAGAGCUCCGCCUGCCUCACGACGCGUCGACAACGCUGCAUGACCACUUGCAGGACGCAUUUGCGCCCGCGAACGGCCGCAGCUGGAUGGACGCGACAACGACAACCGAGUGCCGGGCGCUCGAGGCCGCUGUUGGAGGCGCCCAGCGGCUGGCCGACAUGACGGGCUCGCGCGGCUACGAGCGCUUCACGCUGAUCCAGCUGCUGUCCAUGGACCGCAGUCUUCUUGAGCGCGCGGGGCGUGUCAGCAUUGCGUCGUCCUUGCUCACGUCGCUCUUCCUUGGGGCGACGGCAGCGGCAUGA